AUGCUGCUGGUCCAAAUGGACAGACAGCUUUCUUGCAGUAUUGUUAUUUGUGCCACUCACGUUGCUGUUUUGAAAAACGAAUGUUGUUUGGUGCCUUCUUGCACUCCAGUCCUGGAAUCGGUGUGUGGAGUGUCAAACCUCCUCCACCCCAACCUCCCGCACCAAGUUCUAGGUCCGUGUGUAUUCUGUAGCAGGAAAUUCAUAUUCCGUGCUCCAAAUCAGAUUCACAGAUAUGCAGAAUUUAUCUAUCUACCUGUACACAGAAUUAACUUGCCAUAUUUGCAUUUUCUGACUGACUUUGAAAAUAUAUUUGCAAGGAAGGAUAGGCAUGAAGGCUUUGGGGAGGGAGAGGAGAUUUGCUUCAAGAAGCAAAAGGACACAGAGGGUACGUCUCUCAACAUACACUGUAUGCAUGAUUUUAAGGUUUCCUCUGCUAGCAUGAAAUUUUUAGAGCUGAGCUUUUAG